AGUGCGUGGCACCACGGUCAGUGCCCAAUGCAUCCGGAGAUCGUUGUACGGGAACUCUGUGUGAGGUCCCGAUCAUGUGAUCACUGAUUGGCCAAUCAGUGAUCACAUGCAGAGUAGUAAGCAAGAUGUCACUUCUGACAUCAUUGCUUACUACGUGUGAAAUCUGUGAAAUGAUCCAGAGAUCACAUGGUACAGGGCUAUUCACAACAGCCUUGUACCAUGUGACAAGCUGUGACCAAUCACAGCUCACA